AUGCAAAGUGCUUCAGACAUUCUAUCGUCUUUGUUAUGGUUUAAAGAAAAUAAUUAUACAGACGAUGAAAAUGAUGCUCAAAUAAUAGAGCAAUUUGUACAAAAUGUUGAAGAUUUUAGCUCGCAAUACGGAAGUGAAAUCAGUGUUUCAUAUACUGCAUUUAAUCUUCGUGGUCCACCUUCAAAUUUUCCCGACUAUGGAGAUUAUCCACAAGCAUUUGUUAUGAGGACAUAUGGUACAUGGUGGGAUGAGGCACCAUCAGUGCAAGAGGACUUUAUGCCACAAAAUAAAAAUACUAUUUCAAGCCAGGAUUAUGUAGAAGUAUCCUUUGAAAGAGCGGUUUAUCCACUAGAGGUUGCUGUUUUUGAGACUUAUAACCCGGGAGCCUUAGUAAGAAUUUGGGCUUUGGGUCCAGUGUCCUGGAUUUUAUUAUGGGAAGGUGAACCAGAGUAUGCUGGUGAUACACCAAGGAUAUUUAGUCCUCCAAUAAGAGAAAUAAACUAUCCUACAAGAAUACUUCGUUUGGAAUUCAACCACAAGCUACUACCAUAUUAUACAGAACUUGAUGCAAUUUUGCUGAGAGGAAGAGAACCACCCAGUGAAAUGAAAAUUAGGAAUAACUUUUCAUAUUCAAGCCUUUUUUAUAAAAGGACUCAGCCCGAGAAAGGUACAUUGUUAAAUAAAGUAAUGGCAUCAAAUCUCCAUGAGAAUGUUGUACCACCGGCAAUGAUUCCAAAGACUAAACAAAUUCUCGACACUGGACCUGAGUUGGGUGAUUUUCAACGUUUGCCAGUAAGUUAA